CGAAAAGGAUUUGAUUUAUUUAACUUAAUUUGUUGUUUGUGUUUUUUAUUUUUUUUAAAAACAACAAUUUAUCGUAUGAAAAUUAAUAUAAAUUCAAUUUGAAUUUCAAUAUUUAUAUUUGACAAUUAACACACACACCUUUCCUUUGGUCCUACUCUUUUGAGACUUUUUCUUCGACUUCAAGCAGACAACUUCUUUAGUCAGAGUCUGGUGUUACGUGGCGACGGUAACGGAAUUAAAAAAAAAAAACGACACACACAUUUGAUAUAAAAUUCGUCUUAAGCUUUCAUUCAAAACAUUUUAAAAGAAGACAAAAUUGUUAUUCUCGAGACAAGAGAAAGUGCCAAAACGUGGGUGCUCGCAAUUUAAAGAGAAGAAAAAGUGCUAAUUUGAAGAAAAACAAAGAUGCCUAUCAGGAAAUUGAAGGCAAUAGGAAGUGUUGUAAGUUUGUAUAUUUGAGUGAGAACGAACAUAAAAAAUAAAUUAUACAUCAUCAUCAUUAUUCCAAAACAAUGGCCACCUUAACGAGUACUACGGUCUUAAAACGACGUACCACCUCAGCAACAACAACAAAUUCAACAUCAUCAGUUAAAAAAUCGAAUAAUAAACUUAACCACGUAGAAAAUUCUUCUACGCUAACGUCAAGCUCGAUUGCUGCUGCCGCUGCAGCAGGAAACGAAAGACUCCAUCAACGUAGUCGUAAAGGAGGUGGCAGUAGCUCUGGGUCUGCGUCUAAUUCUGGUUCAAGUUGUGAAAAAUUUGAGAAAUUUUCCACAGAUCGUUCGCCCUCCGUCUCAACAAAUGCUUCAUCAUAUCAUGAAUUGUGUUGCAGUGAAAUAUUGGCCAAUUUUCAAAAUACCACCGAUACUGAAAAACUAUCGCGAACAAGUGUUGCACGAGCAUCAUCAUCAGCUUCAGCGUUUGCAAGCGAUCGUGAUGGUGAUGCCGCCGCCUGUACGUGUUGCUGUUGCUCCGAUGGAGCAAAUUAUUCCAUCAUCCUCAAUUCACAGCACCAGCAGCAGCAGCGUCAACGCCAGCUACAGCAGCAACAACAACAACAUCACCAGCAGCAGAAAUACGAGGAGCGUGCGAACUUUAUGAUAAGUCUGAAGUUUGAUUUGGUAGCUUUGUUGUUGUUUGUGGUGGCGUUUUGUACGCGUUUCUAUAAGCUUUCCACGCCGAACAAUGUAGUUUUCGAUGAACUUCAUUAUGGCAAAUACAUAUCACUGUACAUAAGAAAUAUUUUCUUCUUCGAUCAACAUCCACCUCUGGGCAAACAGCUUAUUGCAGCUGUUUCCAGCUUUGCUGGUUACGAUGGUAAUUAUACAUUUCCAAGGAUCGGUUCGGCCUACACAAAUACCGUACCAGUUUUUUGGCUGAGAUUCUUGCCAGCACUGUGUGGCAGUGUUCUUUCACCAGUUGCUUACAAACUUCUCCUUGAAAUUCCACUUAAUCGUUGGACAGCUUUAUUAGGUGGUCUUUUGAUUAUUUUUGAUAAUUCUCUGCUGACACAGUCAAGAUUUGUGUUGAUGGAAUCGAUGUUAUUGCUUUUUGCAACGUUGGGUCUUUUGCAUUUGUUACGUUUUCAAAAAAGCAGUUUUGCAAGUCCUCGAUGGAUCAUCUCUGGAUUGGCUUCGGCUUCGUUCUUUGCAUUUGCAUUGAGUGUUAAAUAUGUGGGUUUUUAUUCAGGAUGUUUGGCAUUCUAUUUGAUGUGUCGUUAUCUAUGGAAUAUGCUUUAUGAUGCAUCUGUUACGGACUUCCAGAUAAUUCUUCAAACUCUUAGUCGAAUUAUUAUAUUCAGCAUAAUUCCCAUUGGAAUUUACAUUGGCGUUUUUUAUGUCCACUUAAAUACCCUCACAAAAGCUGGACCACAUGACAAUGUGAUGACGAGUGCCUUCCAAGCGUCUCUGGAAGGAGGUCUUGCGUCGAUAACAAAGGGGCAGCCCUUAAAAAUUGUUCAUGGGUCCCAAAUCACCUUGAGACACACUCACGGGCGAGCGUGUUGGCUUCAUUCACACGCUCACGUCUACCCUGUGAAAUAUCCCGACAAACGAGGUUCUUCCCAUCAGCAGCAGGUCACUUGUUACAGCUUCAAGGACGUCAACAAUUGGUGGAUUGUUAAGAGGCCGAACAAGGAGGAAUUGGUUGUUGGCGAUGAGAUGGAUACAAUCAAAGAUGGAGACAUUAUUCAAUUGGUUCACGGGAUAACUAGCCGGGGACUUAAUAGCCACGAUGUGGCAGCACCAAUGACUCCAUCGUGUCAAGAAGUCACGUGUUAUAUUGAUUAUGAGAUAAACAUGGCCGGACAACUCUUGUGGAGGGUGGAGAUCUUGAAUAAGGACACAGAAGGACCUAUUUGGCAUGCGAUAAAAUCUCAAGUCCGACUUAUUCAUGUAACCACUGGUGUAGCUUUGCGCUUUAGUGGGAAACAACUGCCGGAGUGGGCUUUCAAUCAGCAUGAAGUGGUCGGUGACAGGAUCGUGAACAACAAAGAUGCUAUUUGGAACGUUGAAGAGCAUCGAUAUACCAAAACUCAAGAUCAACGUGAACGCGAACGUCAACUCCUCAAUGCUGAAAUGAUUCCAACGAAGAAAACUAAGCUCUCCUUUUGGGAAAAAUUCUUUGAAUUGCAAUCCAAAAUGCUUUGGAGUACCAAGAGUGACGUUUCGUCGCACAUGUACAGCUCGGAGCCUCUGGAAUGGCCUCUUCUCGACAAAGGAAUCGCCUAUUGGGUGGAUAAGAAAUCCAAUGGUCAAAUUCAUCUGCUUGGAAACAUUCUAAUUUGGUACACCGGGACGGCCGGGAUAUUCCUGUACAUCGGACUUUUGGCUUUCUACUUGAUUCGACGACAACGUUUGGCUUUCGAUUUGCCACCAAGUGAAUGGCAGAGAUUCAUUGAAAUCGGUGAUAUCUUCCUUGGGGGAUAUCUAAUUCACUAUCUGCCUUAUUUCUUUGUGGAACGGACGUUAUUUUUACACAACUAUAUGCCAUCGCUGUUAUUUAAGCUCCUGCUACUUUGUUAUAUGUUGGAGCAUGUUGAUUUUUUGUUAAGACGGUUCACGAGAAAUUCCUGGUAUCUGCGGGUCUAUCGGAUGGCAGUGAUUUGUUGGUUUUUGGGAGUGAUCCAUGUGUAUAGGAAACUAUUGCCGUUGAGUUAUGGAAUCGAGAAGUUGACAGGCCAUCAAAUAACACAACUGAGAUGGAAAGACACUUGGGACUUGAUUGUUCACAGAGAAUUAUCAGGAAAAUAAUAACAAUAAAAUAAAAAGUCUAGGAUCAAUAAGUAGAUAAUAUGUAAAAUUUGAAAUUAAUUGAAAUUAUUAUAAAAA